CGUGCGUCUAUCGAACAAAUAAUCACAAAUAGACGGCGUCUGUCAGAAACUCAGAAAUUUCACCGAUCGCACAAGUCCAGUGCAGACCUGGUCUGCUGGUGCAUGCAAUGGAAAUCGAAUCACAGGUCAUUCUGCCGAGAGAGCUCGAUGAUCUCUCGUCUUUCAUUCAAGAAAAGCCCGAAUCAUUGGCAACUGCCACUGCUGAGCUACAAGCCAUAGCUCUCCGCGCAACCAAAUUCAUAUUCGAUCUUGCUUUGCGGUCGGAACCUGCAUCUCUGCCUCAUAUUGAGAACCUUCUGUCUUCACUCAAACAGUCUCAAGCACCACAGACGAGAUCACAGACUCGCGCUAAUGCCAAACGGAAGAGGAGUCCAAGUCCUGUACUGGAAUUCCCGAAGAAGGUCACUAUAAAAAAUACACCACUGCCCUCACUUUUUAUCGAGGAUAUGAAUGAAGAUCAAAUUUGGCAGCAGCUGGACCUUAGGGCUGCACCUCUUUGCAGUAAUCUUCUGCUGCUAGAGGGCGAGACUGAAGAUGACAUGGAAUUACCAGACGGGAUGUAUGACGAUCAGGAGGACGAGGAAGGUGACGAGGUAUUAGAAGAAAGCGAAGAUUCUGAAGAAAUAGAGCACACGGACGAUUCUGAAGAAGACACUGGUGGGUCAGAAGAAAUGACUGACCUUCGCGAGGAGCUGUCCGAAGACGAGGAGGACGAUUCAGAUCAUCAUCCAUCUCUUCUUGACGUCGUCAAAGUAAAACCCUCUGUAAAACGUGCAGUCGCAAAGAGACCCAAAUCAGACCUUGACGACGAUUUCUUCAGUCUGGACGCAUUCAAUCGUGAAACGGAAGAGGCCGAAGCAACUGCUGUUUCCCGUGGUCAACUACGACGAGAAUCGGAUGACGAUGACGAUGAAGGUGACAGUAUUGAUCUCUUCAGGCCAAUAGAUGACGUCUAUGACUCUAAUGACAAUGCUUCGGAAGACGGCGCAGAACCGCUCUACCAAGAUUUCUUCGAUGCUCCCAGGGGCUCUGGCUCGAAAGCUAUUACGAAUACUUCUUCCUCGAAGGAAGUGCGAUUUAGUGAGCAGGUCAGAGUGAAGAGUAUCAAGGCAAAGGGCAAGGGCCUACCGGUGGCUAGUUUGAUGGAGGACGACGAUUCCGACGACGAGAGCGGACGGAACAUGUACUUAGAAGAUCUGGACGAGGUCAUGAUGGACGCUGAGGUCGAGGAGUCAUUUGUAGACGAAGAUGAAGAUGGAGACGAAGACGAAGACGGAGACGAAGAUGAAGAUGAAGACGACGAUGAAGACGACGAAGGUCGCGCUACCAUUGAAAGACUGAAGGACGACUUAUUUGCGGAGGAGGAUGAACCAGAUUCCAAUAUGACCACUUAUGAAAAACGUAUGGCAGCACUCCAAGCACAGAUCAAGGAGCUCGAGGCGGAGAAUGUUGCUAAGAAGGACUGGGUAUUGAUGGGGGAGGCCACGUCGAGAUCUCGACCUCAAGAUUCUUUGCUGCAAGAAGAUUUAGAGUUUGAACGAACGAUGAAAGCGGUGCCCGUCAUCACUGAAAUUGUGGUUCAAGGUCUGGAAGAGCGAAUAAAAGCUCGCAUAAAGGAUGGCCGAUUCGACGAUGUCGUGCGGAUUCGCGCUAUCGACGAUAAACCUUUCCUUCCGUCACGAUUCUUUGAGCUCCAGGACACCAAAUCUUCCCAGUCACUUGCUCAAAUCUACGAGGAUGAGUACGUCGUCGCACAGAACGGCGGUACGGGAGGUGACGACAGAGACGGUCGGCUCAAGAAGGAGCACGACGAAAUUACAAAACUUUGGGAUAGCAUAUGUAGCAAGCUAGAUGCACUUUGCAACGCGCAUUACACUCCAAAAACGCCGAAAGCUACUAUAUCGACAGUCUCCAACGUUUCCGCAGCUACUUUAGAAUCAGCACUUCCUACUAACAAAACCGUGUCUUCUAUGCUUGCUCCAGAAGAGGUUUUCAAAACAGCAUCUUCUGAUCUCCGCGCCCGUAGCGAACUUACACCCGCAGAAAAGCGAACACUACGUGCGAAAGAAAGAAAGGCAAGGAGGAAGACGCGAGAUGCCCUUGACAAGAGCGUUCACAAGUAUGCCAAAACGAAAUCAGGGAAAACCUCCUCCAAAAAAACGAGUUAAUUUUUGAUUACUUCAGAUUUCCGGUCAAUUUUCAAGGUGUUUUCUUUGAAAUUAAACUGGAUCCUAUUUUACUUCCGGGAGAGCCCAAGCAAAAUACACGAACAUCGAUUAUUUUAUUGGCAUAUUUGCACAGUACUACAUACGCACGCAUAUACAAAAACAACUCAUCGGGUGGGGAGAUGAAAGAUCAUUCAUUCAUGUGCAAUAGAUCGGUACUUGUGGCGCCGACAUGUUCUUCGUCGCGUUGAUGAAUAAUGUCGAAAGCAAGAAACAUACCUGACUGUUAGAAAUCCACAUCCAAU